ACUACCGGGUAGUCAUUCUGAGUUUUACCGUGCAUAUAAAACUAUAUUCAUAACUUCGAUACUGAGUAUAAAAGUAAAAAUUAAAAAUGGCUAACGUUACUUACAAAGUGUCUUAUUUUCCAGCAAAGGGUGGUGCUGAAAUAAUACGGCUGGUUUUAGUUGCCGGUGGAAAAGAAUUUGAAGAUGAGAGGCUUACAAGAGACGAAUGGCUGAAAGUUAAGCAAGAUACUCCCACGAAACAGAUGCCUUUGCUCACAGUAACAGAAAAUGGCAAAAAGAAAGUCUACGGACAGUCAGGGGCGUGCACUAGAUACCUUGCAAGGAAACUGGGUUUGUUCGGGAAGUCACCGGAAGAAGAAUUGCUUGUAGACGAAGCAUACGAAUGUGUCGUAGAUGUUCAAAAAGAAGUUUUCAAAAUAUUUAUGGAACAAGAUGAAACAAUAAAGGCUGAACUUGUAAAAAACAUAAAAGCAGACGAUCUGAAGAGACUGAACGACUAUAUCAAACUUAGAGUCGGAGAACGCAAAUACAUUAUUGGAGACUCGAUGACACUCGCUGACUUGCAGUUGUACAAUGUUGUGGAUCAAUCCGCAAGUGUGGUUAAGGAUCUAUUUUCAUCAUUCACAGAAAUUCAGAAGCACGCUGAUGUUGUGAAAUCACACCCAAAAAUAGCAGAAUGGGCAAAGAAAUCACAACAAACGAAACAAUGAAAAUAUUAAAUCUGUUUCAACAAAACUUUACGUGGGAUUGUUAAACAAACAAUAUUUUGAUAUACAAAAAUAUGUAUUUUGGUAUACCUCACAACGUCAUAUACUCAACGAAGAUACAAGCACCUACAAAAUUUUACUUUUUUCACUUUUUAAAUUUUGUUUAAAUACAAAACCAAAGAAUCUGAAUUACGAUUUGUUAUAAAUCCGGACGACUUUAUGUCAUUUUAAAGUGUUACAAUACUGUUAUAUUCUUUUACGUUUAUUACUUUUAUAAUAUAUUAAUUUUUUUUUAGUUUUUCAAAAUUGUCAUGUACGCUGCCAUCAUUUUUGUAUUACACCCACAAUGAAUUGUUCAAUAAAUAGAAUUGAAAACUA